UUUAGCAACUUAUUAGAAGAUCCAACAUGGCUGACAAAAGAGAAUCUGGGCGUGUGAAAGAUCUCCAGCAGAAGAGGGUUUUGGAUGAUGCUGCUAGACGACGUAGACAAAGAAAGGCACUGGAAGCCUUAGAGUCCGACAAUUUUCAGGAUGACCCACAUGCAGAUCUCAAGAUGAGUAAAAAAGCUCCAAAAUUCGAGGAAUCUAUGGAUACAGGACAACCUGUGUCAAAGAAGAAACGAAAAAGCAAGAGUGACCAUUUCAAAUUCAAAUACAAGAAAAGUUUUUCUGCUUUGUUAGAAGAGGAGCAUAUGACAAACAGAGACACUCCGAACUACUUGUCAGCCAGCGUACCACAAUCUAGAUUUCCAGAGAGACGCUUCUGUGCUGUCUGUGGAUUUCCAUCCAACUACACAUGUGUACAGUGUGGAGCAAGAUACUGCUCAGUUAAAUGUUUAGGGACACACCAGGAUACUAGGUGUUUGAAAUGGACUGCUUGAACAUUCCCGCGAGCCUGUUAUAGCUGACUGGUAUUUGUUAGUUGCCAGCAAUGUAGGGAAUGACGGAAAGUUCCCGAGGCACAGACUGUAGGGAGUCUCCGACAUCCUGGAGUGUUCCAUAAUGAUCUCUGUGGUAUGUGAAGUCAGACAAAGGAGUAAGGAAAAUAGUACCAACACUUACUGAUGAUACGUACAAUGUAUGUGUCAGACGAAUGAAGGCAAAAACACCAACACUAACACAUACAUGUAUGUGUGUCGGAGGAAUGAUGGCAGACACAUUGGACUGGAAAACACCAACACUAACACAUAUAUGUAUGUGUGUUGGACGAAUGAUGGCAGACACAUUGGACUCGAAAACACUAACACAUACAUGUAUGUGUGUCUGACAAAUGAUGGCAGACACAUUGGACUGGAAAACACUAACACAUACAUGUAUGUGUGUCUGACAAAUGAUGGCAGACACAUUGGACUGGAAAACAUGUAAAGUGUCCAGAGUAGAAAAUUGGAGUCUUUGGUCCAAUCCACAAAAAUGUGAUACGUGCUGACAUUAGUGUAUCUUAUGACCAUACAAAGUCUCCGCUGUCCUCAUUGUUUAUCAUACUGAGACUGACAACAGGAUGAAUAUUCAACAUCAUAUGUGAUUUUCUUCAAUAAUGUACUACUGGGAUGACAAGAAAGACUUCACACCGACAACAAUCUUAUAGAUAAGAAUUUAUAAACUAUUAAUUUUAUAAAAAAAAUAAUAAUCAUCAGUAAUAUACAUCAUUUCUGUGUGGACCUGCAGGGAGGAUGAAUUAGCCUUAAGAGUGUUUUGGUAUUGACACAAUUUUACUGUUGUACAUAAGCUUUGUGAAAUAAGAAUUGGCUAUAUUUCAAAUAGCAACAUAUACCCAGUUAUAUGAUAUACCAUAUCAGGAUUGAUGUAGCUUAUAGUAUUAAAAGAUAGAAUGAUAACAAUUAUACUGAUAGUUGCUGGGAGCCAAUCAGAAAUGACAAUUGUGGGAGUGGAUUUCUAGGAGCCAAUCAGAAAUGACAAUUGUGGGAGUGGAUUUCUGGGAGCCAAUCAGAAAUCAUGACAGUUGUGGGUGUGGAUUUCUAGGAGCCAAUCAGAAAUGACAAUUGUUUGUGUGGAUAGUCUAACAAUAUAGAUUAUCGGACUAUCGGUAAAAGACUUUUAUAUUGUGAGUGACUUGUGUAUAUGGAAUACUACAAAUGUAUACAUGUACGUAUAAAGACAAAUAAACAACUAUAAUUCUAAAUG